GGGCAUCCCUCAGCGUGGCGGGGUGCCGCCAUGCCUGCUGAGGGCGGCUGCCUGCGGCGGCGCCGCCGGGGAACGGGCGGGCCGCCCGCCCGCCUGCCUCCGUGGUGCGCAUCCCCUGCCGCUGGGCCAGCCGGGCCUGCCCCGUACCGGCCCCCGCCCAGGAGUGCGUCCGGGGCUGCGGUGAGGACGGGGCGCUGCAGGCGGGCUCCGAAUCCGCGCUGUCGCUCUCCGCCGGGGCGGGUGAGGCUGAGCGGGCGCGGCGGGAGCAGGCGGGCGGGCUAAUUACGAGUAACCUGUGUGCACAGCUGGAAGCCUCGGGAGGAAUUUGGCAGGAUGAAGCCUGUCAUUGUGGUGCAUGGUGGAGCUGGCCGGAUUUUUAAAGAACGAGAAGAGGGAAGUCGUGCCGGUGUUGUCAGAGCUGCACUGCGAGGUUAUGGUGUCCUGAAACAGGGAGGCAGUGCCUUGGAUGCAGUUGAGGAGGCAGUACGAUCAAUGGAGGAUGAUCCUCAUUUUAAUGCAGGCUGUGGAUCUGUUUUAAAUGAAAAAGGUGAAGUAGAAAUGGAUGCCAUUAUCAUGGAUGGAAAAAAUUUAGACUCUGGAGCAGUGUCUGCAGUUAAAUGUAUAGCAAACCCAAUAAAACUUGCUCGGCUUGUCAUGGAAAAGACGAAGCACAUGCUGCUGACUGACCAUGGUGCACACCUGUUUGCUCAGGCCAUGGGCAUUCCUGAGACUCCAGGGGAGAAACUCAUAACCGAGAGAUCCCGAGAGAGAUGGAAGAAGAACCUUGAGCCAGAUUCCAACCCUGAAGAGUUUCAGAAAGACCUUGGAACAGUCGGUGCUGUUGCUAUAGACAGUGAAGGAAAUGUAGCUUGUGCAACAUCUACUGGAGGACUCUCUAAUAAACUGAUUGGCCGUGUCGGUGACACAGCAUGCAUAGGAAGCGGAGGUUAUGCUGAUAACCGUUCUGGUGCCACUUCAACCACAGGACAUGGGGAGAGCAUUAUGAAAGUGGUCUUAGCCCGACUGAUCCUCUAUCACAUGGAGCAAGGAAUGUCACCAGAGAUGGCUGCUGACACUGCGUUAGACUACAUGAAGACACGAGUUGGGGGCUUGGGGGGCGUCAUUGUUGUUAACAGUUCAGGAGAGUGGGCAGCAAGGUUCUCCACCAAGCAGAUGUCCUGGGCUACUGUAAAGGACGACCAGCUGCAUUAUGGGAUUUACACGGGGGAAAGGCAUACAAAAUCUGUUGAUGAAGCACUUGCAUCUGAAAGUGAGGGAUUCUGAGAAUGAAGAAACAUGGACUGAGGAAGAGUAAGAUCUCCAGUUUUUGCUGGAGGACAAUGACAGUUGACUUCAUCUUUCUGAAAGAUCUGUACUCUUUCGAUUGGUUCACAGGCAUUGCCACAUUUACAGUCAAAAUUAAAUCUGGACAUAGUCCUUCAGUGGUCAUGGA